AUGGGCUCCGAGGCGGUGAAGGUGGUGGUCCGGUGCAGACCCCUGAAUGACAGGGAGAAGGCUCUCUGCUCUAAGAUGGUGCUGUCCAUGGACCUGCACCGCUGCCAGUGCUUCAUAGAGAAGCCCGGAGCAGCAGAUGAGCCGCCCAAACAGUUCACUUUCGAUGGGACCUACUUCAUCGAUCAGACCACUGAGCAGAUGUACAAUGAGAUUGCCUAUCCUCUGGUUGAGGGUGUCACUGAGGGAUACAAUGGCACAAUUUUUGCCUAUGGACAAACUGGAAGUGGGAAGUCUUUCACCAUGCAGGGAGUGUCCGAGCCUGUGGCCCAGAGGGGGGUCAUUCCACGGGCCUUUGAGCACAUCUUUGAGAGUAUUCAGUGUGCAGAAAACACAAAAUUCCUGGUGAGGGCCUCCUACUUGGAGAUUUACAAUGAAGAAAUUCGAGACCUUUUGGGGAGUGACACCAAACAGAGAUUGGAGCUGAAAGAGCAUCCGGAGCGUGGGGUGUAUGUGCGGGACCUCUCCAUGCACACGGUGCACAGUGUGGGGGAGUGCGAGAGAAUCAUAGAGCAAGGCUGGAGAAACCGGGCGGUGGGCUACACACUGAUGAACAAAGACUCUUCCCGCUCACACUCCAUCUUCACCAUCCAUUUGGAGAUCUGCAGCACAGAUGCAGCUGGCCAGGACCAUCUGCGGGCGGGUAAACUCAACCUCGUUGACCUGGCAGGAAGCGAGCGCCAGUCUAAAACCGGCGCCACUGGUGAGCGACUCCGCGAGGCCACCAAGAUCAACCUCUCCCUCUCGGCCCUGGGGAACGUCAUCUCCGCCCUGGUGGACGGGCGCUCCAAAUACAUCCCCUACCGGGACUCCAAGCUGACCCGACUGCUGCAGGACUCGCUGGGAGGAAACACGCGCACCUUGAUGAUCGCCUGCCUCUCCCCCGCGGACAACAACUAUGAGGAAAGCCUGAGCACGCUGCGCUAUGCCAACCGGGCCAAGAGCAUCCAGAACAGGCCCCGUAUCAAUGAGGACCCCAAGGAUGCUCUGCUUCGAGAGUAUCAGGAGGAGAUCAAGAAGUUGCGGGCCCUCGUCUCAGGCCAGCUGGGCUCUGCUAACCUUGAGUCUCUGCUGACUGGUCAGAUGCUCGAAGCGUCCCCCGCUGUUCCUUCAAGGCCACAGUCCAGCACCACAGAAGCAGAGAAGGAGAAGAUUAAAGAGGAGUACGAGCAGAGGCUGGCCAAGUUGCAGGCCGAGUACAAUGCAGAGCAGGAGUCCAAAGCAAAGCUGCAGGAGGACAUUGCUGCCCUGCGUUCCUCCUAUGAAUCCAAGCUGUCUGACGUGGAGAAGGCCCAAUCCAGCAGGGGGAGCUCUGUCCUAAGGAACGGUGACGGAAAAUCAUCUGCCCACAACAAAGAGCGGUCAUCAGUGAGCUCCAGCUGUAUGACACAGCUGACUGGAGAGGAGCUCCACUAUAGCACUGAACCCAUGAGCCACAGCACAACUGGAGACACUUCCCUGACUGAGCCUGCCGUACCCUGUGCAGCAGUCGGUGUCAAAGAUGGUCCCACAGAGUCACCUGACGUGACUGCUGCAGGGCCUCUGGACCAGCAGCACGUCCUGGAAAGACUGCAGCAGCUGGAGCAGCAGGUGGUGGGAGGAGAGCAGGCCAGGAACAAGGAGCUGCAGCAGAGACACCGGCAGAGGAAGAGCCUCGCAGACCAGAGGAAAGUCCAUCUCAUCCGCGCUCUGUCGGAGAACAGCGAGGAGAGUGAAAAUGUGCUGCUGAACGUCUACAACUCCAUCCAGGAGGAGGUCCAUGCCAAAAGCCAAAUGCUGGUCAAAGUCCAAGGCAAGCUGAAAGCAGCCAAGUUGGAGAUCCGUGACCUGCAGGCGGAGUUCGAGGUGGAGAGGAACGACUACCUGGCAACAAUCCGGCGGCUGGAGAGGGAGGGUCAGCUGCUGCACAGCCUGCUGGAGCGCAUGGCGCCCCUGGUGCGCCGUGACUGCAACUACAGCGGCCUGGACCGCUUGAAGAAAGAAGCUGUCUGGGACGAGGACAGCGCCACCUGGAGGCUGCCGGAUGUGAUGGUGCAGAAAACAACGCUGCCUUCAGCAGUGGCUCCAAAACUUUCAGCUCACAGAGGUUCUGCCGCUGAUGUCGGAGAACCAUUCAUGCAGGUGGAGGAGGACAGGUACAAGGAAAUGCUGGACCGCAGCGACAGCGAGAACAUCGCCAGCAGCUACUUCAAGUCCAAGAGAGCGAGCCAGCUGCUGGGACGUGAGGCCACCAAGGGACACGCCAUCCUCUCUCCUCCCCUGGUGAACGGGGCGGCCCACCUCACUGUGAGCGGUUCCACCAUGAACCCGCCUGUCAGCUCGCGACCCUUCCGCCUGGAGUCGUUGGAUGUGCCCGUGUCCUCCAGUGGUAAGGUGAAGCGCAAAAAAAGCAAGUCGCUCAUCCAUAACGAGGGGCUUUGAAAAGACUGCGGCUCCCUUCAUACUGAAACACAAAAUAUUUUAUAGUCUGUGGAAUCUUUGAUAGCCACCAGAAUUGUGCACAUUUGGCAUCCAGCUGUGUCUUAAAUCACAUUGUGAAAGCUCGUUUUGAACACAACGCUACCUACUUUAUGAUACUACCCUUCCAUUCUUACACUGUAACUAAAACCUUGUGAUUGGUGCACUGCGGGACUCAAAGUCCAGUUAUAUAAUAUUUAAACCCCCAUGUGUUUUCACUGAUUGUAAA